UCAUAACAUGUUUGGCGGUGCCAAUAUGCAUUUCUCAAUCAACGAGUGAUUCGUACAGGCCAUCUUACAUACCCUUAGAUCGAAAUAAAGAUUAUUCGGUACAGUUUGAUAAAAAUGCUAAGGUUCCGAAUCACAUGCCGCCAUUAUAUUCCACAAAUGGUACAUAUAGUGAACAUUUCCACUACGAUGUGGAACAACAUGAGAUUUCCGCACGAAGUAAAUCUGAUCUUUCCGACGAAGACGAAGUAUUAUUUAACCUACCAAAUGUUAGACGCCGUCGUCGUCAAAAUGAAGAACAAGGGCGCUUACUAUCGCAGUCCGCAUUCAAUCGGAUAACUGAAACUCUGGGAGCUCUAAAUAAGGUAGGCAGUUUCUUCUUGAACAUGACACGGGAAGUGAACAAUGAGCAUGGUCAUCAAGGUGAUAUGCAAUUGAUCUCAUCAUCAUCAUCAAUUGAUUUGAGCACUUCAAAGCCGACCACGAUUCAACACGCUGUAGACUUUUCCCCUGACUAUUCAACCACUACAAAGAAAAAUGAAUCGGAUACUUCUAUAAAAAUUAAUAAGUUGGAACAAAAUGUUACAAAGACGAUAGAACCGCUCAUCAAGCGAAUUGGACAGAGCCAAGAAAAGGAAUCCAAAAUAGAUAAACUGAACGAUAAAAUAGUCGUAAGUUCAAUUUCAGAAAAGAUAGAUAUGGCUGCGUUAGCGGAAAAAAAGCGAAAAAAACAUCAAGCUGUGGGGUUAAGAAAAGAUACUUUGACAGCACACACAACUGUUUCGACAACGCUGUCGCCUGCUCAAAUUGAUGAUAUCGAUGGCAAAGAAGGUGAGAAUCGGUGUAUAACUCCGUUUGGCACACCAGGUCGAUGCGAAGACUUGAGCAUUUGUCCCAGUCUAUUGCUCAAUUUGUCUGGCUUACGAGACUCACUUUGUUUCAAACGUUUAUUCAUUCCUGGAGUCUGUUGUCCCAUUGGCGACAAUGACGGCGAUGAAGAACAGCAGUUCACAACAAAGCGACCUCAGUCCUCAUUGGUGUUAACACCGCUGGGUACCACGACAACAAAGCGUCCACCUUCAAUUUUAUUACCUGUACAAACCAUAUCCAGGCCUACGAGCAGUCCAGUUUCCACAAUUGGAAAUGUAAAUGAGCUAAAUGGAAACGUUGUUGACGAAAAUCAUUGUGGACAACAAGAAAUAUCAUCAGGACGCGUUGUUGGUGGUCUCGAGGCCGAAUCCGGUGAAUGGCCAUGGUUAGCCGCAAUUUUCCUUCACGGUGACAAGCGAGUGGAAUUUUGGUGUGGUGGCUCGCUGAUUGGCAGUCGAUUUAUACUGACAGCAGCACAUUGCACGAGAGAUUCACGACAAAGGCCUUUUGCCGCUCGCCAGUUUACUGUUCGUUUAGGAGAUAUUGAUUUAUCAACUGAUCGAGAAGCUUCUGCCCCCGUUACGUUUAAAGUUACAGAAGUUCGUGCGCAUCCACGAUUUUCACGUGUUGGUUUUUACAAUGAUAUAGCUAUAAUGGUGUUGGAUCGUCCUGUCCGGAAAUCAAAAUAUGUCAUACCAAUAUGCCUUCCUAAAGCAAAUUUUCCAUCUAAAGAUCGAUUAGCGGCACGACGAGCUGUGGUGGUUGGAUGGGGAACGACUUAUUAUGGUGGCAAAGAGUCAACAAUCCAACGCAAAGCGGAACUUCCCAUUUGGAGAAAUGAAGACUGCAAUCGAGCAUAUUACCAACCCAUCACAGAUAAUUUUGUGUGCGCUGGUUUUAGCGAAGGCGGUGUUGAUGCUUGUCAAGGUGACAGUGGCGGUCCAUUAAUGAUGCGCUUUGAGUCGAAGUGGUUGCAACUUGGAAUAGUUUCUUUCGGCAAUAAAUGUGGUGAGCCUGGAUACCCUGGUGUUUACACUCGAGUCAGUGAAUAUAUCGAAUGGAUUCAAGAGAAUACAAAAGAUAAAUGAAUUUUUUAGUCAUUCUGAUAGAAUAGAAUUGAAUGUGAAAACGAGCCAAUUAUUUAUUUGUAACUAUAUUUAAUACAUAAGUUGAAAAAUGUCUGCAGAUAUGGUUGGAUCAACCAUGGUUAACACAUGAACAUACGAUUCCAGGUGAUCGAAUGACUGAUCUGAUAACAAUAAUUUUAUAUAUUUGCUAUUGUUUAUUUUUCAAAAAGUGUCAGUCAAAGAUAUGGAGAAAAAUAAAAUUUUUGCCAUUUUUAAAAAAGAAAUGCAUUCAA